UCGGGGUUUUAGUUCCAGUUCCAUCACAUUCCAUGUUUAUGUAUGAUGAAGAAUGAAUCUGGGUAUGUAUUUUUAUUCUAAGUACCAUCAACAUAUGAAAACUCUUCUUGAAAUCACAACGUCCAGAGACGAGCUGCUGCUCAGAAGAUCCCUGCGGUGACAACCAUGAAUUUGCCGUCCAGAGAGGAGUGUGAAGGGUGGGACCAGGUGAAAGUGGCUCUUUUUAUGUGUAAGAAUAAUAUGCAAGACUGUGCUGCAACUGUGACCAGAUUAAAAAUUGAUGGAGUCCGACUUCUGAAUCUGACUGAGAAUGAAAUCAGGAAGUUCAGCCUCCUUCAGCAGCCGCAACUUCAGAAAAUGGUUCAAGACAUCAAGAAAAAUGAGGGCAGUCUGCUGAAUAAAAUCAGAAGAUUGAAAACCAAACCACGUCCAAACCUUCCUGCCAGAGACUACAAAGACCACAGAGAAAAUGAUGAAGGCUCUGAUCCAGAAUAUAACAAUCCAUGUGAGGACACACCUGAUGACAGUUAUGAGCCUCCCCCAGUCCACAGGGAGUUCACUGGACGUCCCUUUGCUGCCCUGCCAAGGGGGGAAUAUCUAGACAGUUGUCAUGUUCGACCAAGCCGACCACCCAGGAAGCCGCUCCGGCCUGAUAAGGCCUCCAGACAACUGCCUCCUGAACCCUCCCAACCAGAUAGUGACAAAGAUGAAGACUACAUAGACCCAGAUCCCAAUGGUGAGGACGACUACAUAGAACCCACAGACAAUUCAUCCACAAGUGGAAAGAGAGCAGGAGGCGACUAUCCCACUCUACCUCCAGCUUUACCAGACCGUCCAUCCAGUCCUAAUGAUUUAUAUGAAGAACCUGAAAAAGAGAAGUCACCUUCACCUCCCCAGAGAAACAGAUUUUGUCCGCCUCCUUCCAAACAGUGUCCUUCUGUACCAAAGCCCAGCCCAAGGCUCAACAACUGGGGAUCCACCCUCUCUGCCCAGCAGCCCACAGACGAUGAUGAAUAUGAACUUUGUGAUCAAGAUAACAGUUCCAAUCAUAAACCUCCAGGUGGUCCUCCCCCGCCUCGUCUACCAAAACCAACUCCAAGAGAGAGGUCACCAAAGCCGCCUGUAUUACCGAGGCAAGAUUUGAAACCAAGACAAUUUGAAAGUGCCUCCCUGCCUUCGAUGCACUCUGAACCGAAACCAACUCCAAAAGCUUUCUCCCUGGAUCAAAAGCGACCAAAAAUCCCUCUUCCACAGAUUACACCACCCAAACCAGCUGAGAAGGGCAGCACUGUUGCAGAAAAUGCUUCAACAGACCAAGAUAAGGAUGGUGAUGUUUACAACAAACCCUGGUUUGCCAGCACAUGUGACCGCAAGACUGCAGAUGACGCUUUAUUGCGAUCUAACAUGGACGGAGCGUUCCUGGUGAGAAAGAGCUCUGGUCAGGAUGUGCAGCAGCCCUACACGUUAGUGGUCUUUUACAAUGGAAGAGUCUACAACAUCCCAAUACGCUUUGUGCCGAGCACAAGGCAGUAUGCUCUGGGAAGAGAGAAGAAAGGAGAGGAGUACUUCAGCAGUGUCUCCCACAUCAUAGAGAACCACCAGAGGAAUCUUCUGGUCCUGAUCGACAGUCAGAGCAACACCAAAGACGCCACCAAGCUGUGUCAUCCUGUAAAGCCGUAGACGACUCCAUCAGUCAGACGACUGAUUCAGAACUUCUGAGCUUCACAAUCCGAGGCCCGUGUUCUUUCACUUUACAACUUCCCUGCCCAUCAGUGUUUUAAAGUAAAC